GGCCAGGCUGAUUCGCCUUGAUGUCCCUGGCUGCUCUGUGCACCCGGGGUGUUGAGGACGGGUGAUGGCUGGACCCCUCUUGGCUCCCUGAUGGGUGCCAUCUGUGCAGUGCAAGGCCUCUGAGCCUGGCAGGAGAUGGAACCCCUUGCCCGCUGGGCAUCUGAGGUGGGAGAAGGCGCCGGCCUGAGCCUGGCAGCAGGGAGGCGGGACAGGGCCUGGGAGCGGCAGACAGAGGGCGUGGGUUCCCCCGGGCACUUCCUGGGUUUCCGGUGCAGGAAGUGCAGCACCUGCCUGUCCGUGACACCAACCCCAGGGCUGGUGAGGGAGACUGUUGGCCUGGGCGGGCCCCUCCAUCUGGAGCAGCCCGGAGGUGGGACAGGAGGCCAGCGGUGCUGGACAGCUGGACCCGGAGCGAUGGCCUUGAAACCCGAGAAGAGAGUCGCCUCCUCUGUGUUCAUCACCCUGGCGCCCCCACGCCGUGACGAGGCUGUGACCGAGGAGGUGCGGCGGGUGUCUGGGGAGGCCUGGCACGGCCGUCCCCGGGAGCCCUCUGUCCCCCUGAAGGCCCCCGGGAGACCCUGGAGCCUUCCUGGCCGGGCCGCACCCCCACGGCUCUCCAAUGGAGACAUCUGUGCCUUCUGCCACAAGACUGUGUCCCCCCGGGAGCUGGCCGUGGAGGCCAUGAAGAAGCAAUACCACGCCCAGUGCUUCACCUGCCGCACCUGCCGCCGCCAGCUGGCUGGGCAGAGCUUCUACCAGAAGGACGGGCGGCCCCUCUGUGAGCCCUGCUACCAGGACACCCUGGAGAAGUGUGGCCGGUGUGGUGCGGUGGUCUGGGACAACAUCAUCAGGGCCCUGGGCCAGGCCUUCCACCCAGCCUGCUUCACCUGUGUGAGCUGUGCCCGGCGCAUCGGCGCCGAGAGCUUCGCCCUGGACGGCCAGGACCAGGUGUACUGCCUGGACGACUUCUACAGGAAAUUCGCCCCCGUGUGCAGCGUCUGCGAGAAGCCCAUUGUGCCCCGGGACGGGAAGGACGCCUUCAAAAUCGAGUGCAUGGGGCGGAACUUCCACGAGAACUGCUACCGAUGUGAGGACUGCAGUGUCCUCCUGUCCGUGGAGCCCACCGAGCAGGGCUGCUACCCGCUGGACGACCGCCUCUUCUGCAAGCCGUGCCACGUGAGACGCAGUGCCGCCGGCUGCUGCUGAGACCCCGCUGACUCAGUUUCCCUCCCAGACCCGCUCGCACGCUUUCCUGCCGGCCUCCUCGGUGCGGAGGAGGUACAGGUCCCCAGGACCCCGACUUUGAGCUCCUUCCGUGGGCACCACGAGGCUCUCGCUGUCAGUUCCACACACCGACCGUUUGGGGUGUGGGGCUCCCCCGCCCAGGGGUGCUGGGCCAGCUGCACGCACAGGGCUGAGCUGUCAGAAGGACAGCUCCAAGGCUGCUGCAAGAGUGCUUUUUGUAGCUGGGCCUGGUGACACAGACUUAUAAUCCCAGUGGUGGGAGGCUGAGGCAGGAGGAUGGCA